CUACGCCGUGGCCAGCUCCGUGUUCCUGGUGGCUUCAUGCCGUCUUCAAUUGGCUGUUAGCCUGCGUUCCUCACUCUGCUCAUCCUGCUUCCCAACCACUAUUGCACGAGCCAUGCUACCUGGGCUGCCGCUCAGAAAGCCUCGAAGCCGUGCAAAGGCCGGGCCGGCUUUCGUGUUCGUGGAUACUGGCGGCGUUCCAUCGACUGGGCUUGGAAAGAAUGAGGCAAAGACAAUCGUCCGGCGGCAGGCUGCAAGAUCGGGCCGUACCCGUCGCCAAGAUCAAACCGCGAGUCAGGAAACCACCGGCACCCUGCCGAAUUCUCAAGAGCUGAUCCCCAAAAGAGGCAACGCUCGAGGCACACCUGGGGCUGCCAAAGGGAGGGACGGCAUGUGGAGGAAGACCCUGCGUGACACUGACGUCCCAAGUCUUGGUCCUAUCAUGACACAGCCCGUGUCCAGUGAAUACGAGACGUUCAGGGUCAAGUAUAAUUUCGAUGUGACGGAUCUGACCAGUUUCACGGACGUGGACCUUGCCACAAAUGCGUGCCGUCUGCUGCGAGACGAACCACAUCGCCUCGCCAGCCUCCUCCAGAAACGGCACUCAUCAUUCUUGGCCGAGCUGCCAAGCCGUUACGGCUCCUCUAGCACCUGUCUGGACGAUGCUAUGCAUUGUGUUGCUGCAAAGGCGGGCCAGAUGCUUGGCUUCCCGAUGGCCAAAUCUACGCCCUCUGUUCUCUAUGGAAAGGCAUUGAGAAGCCUACAAGCUGCCCUCUGGGACGGUGAGGAAUGCACAAGGUCGGAUGUCUACUGCGUCACCCGACUUUUGGUACUUUACGAGUUGAUCGGUCCCCCUGAUAUUACUCGCCUAGCCCAUCACCACAGAGGUGGUAUUAAGCUAGUUGAGCUCCGAGGUCCUGGAUGCUACACGUCCAAAUUCGACUGGAUGCUUCUCAAAAGCCAAGGGCCACCCAUUAUAGUAGAGGAAAUGCACAGGAAGGAAUCGUCAAUGUUUGCGACCCAACAGUGGCAGAGCGCCUUUCGGCGCGCCUCUGAUCUCCAAUCGGACACAGACUGCCGGCUGUGGUGGAAGCUCUUUGGAACAACUGCCUUCCUUCCUGGGAUCCUGAAAGAUCUACGAAGCCUCCUCGAAGAGACGCCACAUCGAUGCGACUACUCUUCAAGGAGUUCAGCUAUUUAUGAGCGGGCAAAGAGUAUGCGCGACGCGCUGCACAAUGACCACGUUAUGUAUCAGCAUGCAGCACCACACCCGCAGUCACUCUUCGGCCUCCCGACCUCAGCUGAGUCACCAGAUCGCAUCAGGCUUCGCGUGUUCUUUCUUUAUACGAUGAUGUAUGUAUGCCGUGUCUUGGCGACUCUCUCGCCGAGCGAGCUGGAGAGGGCCACGAGUGAGGUGGAAGCACAGACUUUCGCAAGUCAGGCGUUGCUCAUCGAGGAGGUGACAACCGAGCUGGAUCCAGCAAUGGCCUGGCAUAUGCAGCAGAGGAACAGCUUAUCAUACUCUAUCACGCAGCAGAAAGAAGAGUGGUUCGGCGAUAAUGAACAUGGAUUGACUGGGGAUCAAUUGGAACGCUUUCUUGCCGAAAGGUGGCUGAAGUGGGAGAAUUCAUGGAGAGCUCGAGUCUUGGCGGAAGAAUUCAAAGACGACAUUAUUUGAGUGACAUGCUUCCAUGUCUUCUUGCUCAUGGAUGCUACCGGUUAUAAUUGAGUAAUCUCGCU